AUGAAUCUGGUGCUGAGAAAAUGCCUUCUGUGUGUGUCUGUGUUAUGUGCUGUCCUGACGAUGGUGGCCACAGAAGGAUCCAGAAGCAAGGACCGGUUUGGCGUCUCAAGGCAGUUCAGAGCUAAAUCCUGGAACAAGCAGCUGUAUCCAGAGUGGACAGAAAGCCAAGCGCGUGACUGCUGGAGAGGUGGCCCAGUUUCCCUGAAGGUCAGUAAUGAUGGGCCUACACUGAUCGGGGCAAAUGCCUCCUUCUCUAUUGCUCUGCUCUUCCCUGAGAGCCAAAAGGUGCUGGUGGAUGGGCAGGUCACCUGGGCCAAUGACUCCGUCAUCAAUGGAAGCCAAGUGUGGGGGGGACAGCCGGUAUAUCCUCAAGACCCCGAUGAUGACGCCUGCGUCUUCCCUGAUGGGGGGCCCUGCCCUUCUGGCCCUCGGUCUCAGAAGAGAAGCUUCGUUUAUGUCUGGAAAACGUGGGGCCAGUACUGGCAGGUUCUGGGAGGCCCGGAGUCAGGACUGAGCAUCGGGACGGGGGCACACGUAGCGUUAGGCUCACACGUCAUGGAAGUGACCGUCUACCACCGCCGGGGCCGCCGGAGCUACGUGCCCCUGGCUUACUCCCGCUCCGCCUUCACCGUCACAGAUCAGGUCCCCUUCUCUGUGAGCGUGUCCCAGCUGCAGGCCUUGGACGGCGGGAGCCAGCGCUUCCUGAGAAACCAGCCUCUGACCUUUGCCCUCCAGCUCCACGACCCCAGUGGCUAUUUGGCUCAGGCUGACCUCUCCUACACAUGGGACUUCGGAGACAGCACUGGCACGCUGAUCUCUCGGGCACCUGCGGUCACUCACACCUACCUGGAGUCCGGCCCCGUCACGGCCCGGGUGGUGCUACAGGCUGCCAUCCCGCUCACCCCCUGCGGCUCCUCCCCAGCCCCUGGCACCACCGCUGGGAAUGUGCCAACUGGCGAGGCCCCUGGCACCACUGCUGGGAAUGUGCCAACUGCGGAGGCCCCUGGCACCACCGCUGGGGGAGGGCCAACUGGCGAGGCCCCUGGCACCACCGCUGGGGAAGGGCCAACUGCAGGACUUGUCAGUACUCCGCCCGCUCAGGUAUCAACUGCAGUGCCGGUGCCCACGGCAGGGGGCACCAGCAGCACACCUGGGCAAGGGCCAACCUCAGAGGCUGUUGGUACCACACCUGCAGCGGCGCCAACGGCCGAGGCUGGAGGUUCCACUUCUGAAGUGCAAACUGCAGAGCCCUCGGGGGCCACAGCUGCACUGGUCCUAACGACGGCGUCGGGGGAGACCACGGCUGGGGAGGUGCCCAGUCCGGAGAGCGAGGGUCCCACGCUCACGUCUCCAGAGGCGGUAACAGACUCCCAGCGCCCCCUGCUGGAAGACGCUGUAAUCUUGGUGAAGCGACAAGUCCCCCUGGAUUGUGUUCUCUAUCGAUACGGCUCCUUUUCCCUCACCCUGGACAUUGUCCAGGGCAUUGAAAGCGCUGAGAUCCUGCAGGCUCUGCCUUCCAGCGACGGAGAUGCCUUUGAGCUGACUGUGUCCUGCCAAGGCGGGUUGCCGGAGGAAGCCUGCAUGGAUAUCUCGUCACCAGGGUGCCAGCCUCCCGCCCAGAGGCUGUGCCAGCCCGUGCCACCCAGCCCAGCCUGCCAGUUGGUUCUGCAUCAGGCCCUGAUGGGUGGCUCAGGGACCUACUGCCUCAACGUGUCUUUGGCUGAUGCCAACAGUCUGGCAAUGGUUAGCACCCAGCUAGUGAUGCCUGCUCUUCCUGGGAUUCUGCUCACAGGCCAGACAGCAGGCCCUGGGAAGGCCCCUCUGGUCCUGGUAAUGGUGCUGAUGCUGACGGCUAUAGUGCUUGCGUCUGUGAUCUAUAGGCGCAGACUCAGGAAGCGGGGCGCCCCGCCCGCCCUGCCCCCCCUGACGCAGCGCGCCACCCACUGGCUGCGGAUGCCCCAGUUCUUCCGUUCUUGCCCCACGGGUGAGAACAGCCCCCUCCUCCAGGGGCAGCGGGUCUGA